AUGUCCUCCAUCUCCCGGCUCAAAUACUCGGCCGAAAUCGUCGACGCCCUGGCCACGCGCAAACCCAUCGUUGCGCUCGAGUCCACUAUCCUCACUCAUGGCUUGCCCACUCCCCUCAACUACACUACGGCCACCCGACUAGAAGCCGUCAUCCGCGAACAAGGCGCCGUACCUGCGCAUAUUGCUGUUAUUGAUGGUUGUCCACGUGUCGGUCUCUCUGAUUCCCAACUGUCCCAUCUCUCCCUCCACUCCGGCAACCCUCUGAAGAUUUCUCGGCGCGACAUUGCUCCCGCUGCCGCUCUCCACAGAACAGGCGGCACCACCGUCGCUGGCACUAUCACUCUCGCCGCUCAUGCCGGUAUAAAGCAUUUCGCUACGGGCGGUAUCGGUGGUGUUCACCGCAACGCCCAGAGUACUUGGGAUGUCAGUGCCGACCUCAUCGAACUCAGCCGCUCACCCACUCACGUUAUAUGUGCCGGUGCGAAAUCUAUCCUCGACACUCCCCUCACUUUGGAAUAUCUCGAGACUCACGGCGUCACUGUGGCCAGUGUAGGUGAAGCCGCCCAACCAAACUACAACUUCCCCGCUUUCUACUCCCCAAACAGUGGUCAUCACGUGCAGUACUCCCUUUCACCCCUCCAGGCGGCGCAGGUGGGUAUUGCGUCGCAGGGUUUGCAAAGCGGUGCUCUCUUCUGCGCUCCCAUACCCCCGCAGUACGCUGAACAGGGCAGUCGUAUACAGAUUGCUGUCGAGAGAGCCGUACAAGAAAGCCAGCAUGCGAAUAACAACAUACUCGGAAAGGAUAUCACUCCCUGGCUCCUCAAUCGCAUCGCUCAACUCACUGACAACAACUCCAUACACAGCAAUAUCGCCCUCGUCGAAAACAACGCUCGAAUCGGAGCACAAAUUGCCGUUCAUUAUCAUAGAUUGUUGGAGGACAAGGAGAAAGACGACAGAGUGGGCGAGAAGAUGUAUCCAGUGGGUGGUUCUAGUGGUUUGGGUGCUUUGAGUGGUUUGAGUGAUGCUCCAUCAACACCUCAGACACAGGCAAAUGUAAGGGCAAGGGCUAUAGCUGAAACUGAAGCUGCAAUGAUAGCUAAAUCGGGAGUUAAAGUGGGCGCCAAAGUUAACGCAAAUGCACAAAAAGAUAUACCACACACUCACACUCCCUCUCACACCUCCGCCCCUGCCGACAUAGUGAUCAUCGGCGCUGCAGCUAUAGACGUGACAGCGCAAUACGAUAGUAAAAGUGAGCCACACAGCACAUCGCCCGGGAGAGUGACAGUGAGCGCUGGGGGUGUAGGGCGUAACAUCGCCGAAGCGGCUGGACGGGUGCUGCGAGGGGCAGCUGGUGGGAAGUCAGCCAUUCUCAUUGCGCCGGUGGGAGGUAGCAACACCAACACCAGCACUGCUGACCUCCUCGCCAACUCCCUCCGCUCAUCCGCUGCCGCCCUCCAUAUGCGCACCGAUGGCUUCGUCGACCCACCUCACAACACCCUCACUCCCGUCGUCAACCUCCUCUUAGACAAUGAGGGUGAGUUGCGCGAGGGUGUGGCUUCUUUUGAUGCUCUUGAUCAGAUGCCUUUUAGCGAAGUCGAAAAAGUACUCGAAAAACACUCCCCACACAUCAUUGCACUCGAUGGAAACGUCAGCGCGGGUGUCGUGCGCCAUGUGCUCAGUUAUGCACGUGCACGCGCCAUCCCCACCCUCUACGAGCCCACUAGUGUAGCGAAAAGUGUGCGUGUGUUGGAAGCUUGGGAGAUGUGGGAGGAAGCAGACUCACAAUUACAAUCACAACCACACUCCCAACCCCUCCUCACACAUGUCACACCCAACACUCACGAACUGCGCGCAAUGACGCAGAGCACCUCUUUCGCGCGUGUUAGAGAGAGUAGUGCGUACUGGGAGGCUCUCAAUGCUCUCCGCCUCUACCAGCCUUUCCGAGACGCUUUGGAGAGGUGCCUCCCGCGCCCCUUUACUCAAGAUGGUAUCGCACAGAUGGCCGUCAUGCUCCUGCCCCUCACCAAACAUGUUGUUGUCAAAUGUGGCGCAAAGGGUGUGCUACUUGUGUCGCAUGUGCGCGAAGAUGAGUUGGGCGAGGUAGGUAUCGACGGUGCGCUCCUGUCAACCUCCAAGAAAGAUGCUCGAGUGGUACAUCGCGUGGAUACUACUAGCAAUGCUGACUCCAACACUCACGCUGACGCUCAAUACGUCCUCGUCCAACACCUCCCUCCCCACACACCCGAUCGUCUCGUUAAUACUACCGGCGCUGGCGAUUCUUUCGUUGGAGCUCUCCUCGCCGCUCUCGCUCAUCACCAGCCCCUCACCAAAGCCAUCCAUCUCGCUCAGGAUGCUGCUUCUCUCACACUCGGUUCGAAAGAUAGCGUUAGUGCUAGAUUGCACUACUUGGGCGAUGAUUUGCAUUUGUAA